UCCGCGUCUUCAGUCUUGUUCUUUCUCUCUUUUUUUCUUCUUCUUUCUUUCCCUCCUUUAUCGUUAUCGUUUUCUUUUUUCUUGCAUCAGAUUGCUCGCAUAGCCUUGCAAACCUAGAGUGAUACAUCAAUCUAUAGAUUUCACCAUGGAAUUUGUUCGCUCCCUCGCCGGUUCGCUCUGGAGCUCGGUCAGUUUCUGGAAAGCCGUUGCGAUCGGCUUUGCAUUAUUCAACCUCAAAAAUCUUCCUCUAGUGUGGCAUAUUCGCGUGUACCGCUACUUCUUCAAACAUGGCUACCUCAUCAACCCAGCCGUGAAACCACCCCCGUCCCCGAGCUCGUCCUUCCUCGAGCCAAAGAGCAUCUUCACGCGCGCCCCGAUCAUGGAACUCGACUCCAACAUGCACAAGUCCAACUCGACCUACUUCUCCGACCUGGACGUCUCCCGUACAGCACUCAUCUCCUCAGUCCUCAUGAAAGGAGUCUCGUUUCUCGAGAAACAGCUCAAAGAAGACGGCAAGAAGGGCCUGCUUGGGUUCAUCUUGGGCAGUGUGUACACAAACUUCAAGCGCGAGAUCCCCCCCUACAUGAAGUACGAGGUGCAGUCGCACAUUGCUUCCUACGACGAGAAGUGGAUCUACAUCGUCACGUACUUCCUGAAACCCAAGAGCGCGUCGUCGAAGAAGAAGGAGGAGACAGAGGAGCAGCGCCAGAAGAGGGUGCUGGCGCUGGCUAUCAGCAAAUAUGUGCUCAAGAAGGGACGAUAUACCGUUCCGCCGAAGGACGCUUUCGAGGCGGCGGGAUAUGUCCCGCUUUGUCCUGUUGCUGGUGUGAACGGCGAUGCUAAUGGCCAUGCGACUGGCGUGGAGGCGAACGGGUCUGCGAUUCAGCGCAAGGAGAGUGCCUCGGGGACUGGUUCCGAGGUGGAUCACCAGGCGGAGUGGGUGAAGUUGCAAGAUGAGCUUAUUCGGGGGAGGGCUAUGGUGCAGCCGUUUAUUGACCAGGAGGAGAAGCUCUUGGAUGACUAUAUGCACAAGAUGGCCCUGCCUGCUUUUGCAUAAUUGCAUGACAUUGAUUCUUGGGUAUUUAUAAUGGGCGAAUAUUAUUUAGACCGGGAUAAACCCGACAUAUAGAUUAGAUGGAUGAGGCAGCUUUGCUUCUGUAUAGUUGAAAC